GUUAAUUUUCCUCCCGGUUGGAGAAGUGUCGUUAGAGUGCUGUUGUGCUGGAGCCUGUUUGAGAAAAAAAAUGCUGAAAAAUUAACGCGAACCAAGAAGAACAAAGAGGCACUCGGAGAAAACUCAUCUGGAAUUACAUCAAUUUCUGCUGCCUUCGCUUCGUUCCUUGUGACCGCUGAUCCGAUUUCCGCGCGUCUAGCUUUAGUCCUUCCGGUGCUUUAACUUUUCGGGAAGCGAAAGUAUAACAGUGCUGAGUGAGGAAACAGAAUAAAAGCAUCCAGAAGCAAGCUCCGCGAGUGUAUCGGUGAUUGUGUUUGUGGGUUUGUGUGUAUUUUCUUUUACAGGUAAACAAGAGUCUCGAACGAAGCAGCGAAAGAGGAUUUUACUGAAGUGUGUUUGUCAUAAUGAUCAGUAUCUGGUACAACAACAAUGAACUAAGCCGUGAUUGGAUCCGCAUAGCUGGACGAUAGUACCCGUUAUACCCUAGCAAAGGGUUUCGUCCAAAAGUCAGACAUCCAACCGAACCAACAACCAGUGCUCAAUUGAACUCACAGCAGCAGCAGCAGCGCCGUCUCAGCCAGCAGCUAAAGUCUCCACACCAGCAGCAGCAGCAAUCCCUAUCCGUCAGCCAUCAACAGCAUCAGCAAUCCCAAUCAGCGCAGCUCACUUCCGCCUCAACCUCUCACACCGGAAACCACCAUAGCAACGCCCCCUCCACAUCUUAUUCGUCAUCAUCCGCCGCAGCAAACGCAGCAAGCCGAUUUUCUUCCGAGAGCAGCACAAAGGUUAUGGGCAGACACGAAAUGAAGCGCGGAAUAUCACAAAGAUCAUCGGAUGCUGGAGUUUCAGAUUCCCCAAAGCAUUACGGUUCAGCAUCGUCCAAUUUGGUUGGAAAAUUCACCCAGAGCGUUCGGAGGAUUGUGCAGGAUGUCAAGGACGAAGGAUCGCCUAGUGGUAUGAGCCGCGAGGAGCUGAUCGAAACCAACGAGCGAUUGCGAGCGGUUCGAGUGCGCCUGGAGGAAUCAUACGACACAGCGAAAAAGGCACUGGUCACCCUGAUGAACAAGUACGGAGAUUCCAAGAGCCAGCGGAAUGUGUUCAACCGAUAUCCGAUGCUGAAACUGAUGAUUAAGGACGUCAUCCGGCUGGAAACCCAAUACUGGACGCUGGUGGAAAUUCCCAAACAAGAAAAGCUAGAAACCGUGCCCGCCUUCGUGCUGCGCGCCUGCAGCAUCAUGGAAAAAGCGCAAAAGUCCGGCGAUGGUGUCAAAUCGUCGGCCAAGCUGGCGGAGGAGGCAGCCGAGAAGCGGGAACGGAUCGAGCGGCUUGAAAUGAUGACGACGGCACAGAUUGAGCAGGAAAACACCCAGAUGAUCAAUGAUUUGUAUCGCCUGUUAAAAAAGUACAGCGGCUUGAGAAAUCUAAUCCGUGAAUUGAAGGCAGAGUAUGGCAAUUCCAAAAUCUACCCAAUCUUUCCCCGGUACACGAUGCUGAAGGACAUGAUCAAAGAUAUUAUGCACGACCCAGACUACAUGGAGGUUUGCCACGAGCGUACAUGAAGUCGAAGUUGUCCUUUACGCUCUCGAGCCCUUCUAAUCAAGCGAUGGUAUAUAGUAGGCUGUGAAAAAAUACUCCAUCUUCAGUUGCUUCAUCAUUGCUAAAACCAAAGUUUUCAUAAAUUCAAAAGAGUGGUACACUGAAGUUAUGAACCGUUUCCUAUUGGAUGGAAGGCAAAGAGGUUAUAUUACUUUACUAGAAAAAAAAAACUGAACAAACGCACGAUAUGAUUCACUACUGUUAAUUCAUCAAGAAACAACCUUUACACGCUUUACUUAUUUUAUGCCAAAUGCGAUGACUAAUCACACAGAAAAAACCAUCCCACCCCAUCAAAUACUAUCUUAAUCUAUAAUAUGUAAUAAAUAAAUUGAACUUAAAAUCAAGAUAAUGAAUCAUCGCGAAGACAACAAAAAUGAAACAUCCCACCUUUCGAUGUGACGCGUUAUAAGCAAAUAUAAGGGAGUAAUAUUUACACACACAUCAAAAACUCGAAAAUCAAGAAAGAAAACAAGCGUAUAUUAAUUUUUUUCGAUCUAUAUAUAUUUUUUCUACACUUCAGGAAAAUGAAAUACAAAAUGGAAACAAAAGAAAUACAAACCAAAAUACUCUGCAAAAAUUUUCUUGCUGGACAACAAACUAUAACAAAUCAUGAAUCUCAAAGCAUUCAUUCAUCAUACAAUAUCAUAUGCAAACACAAAUUAAAAAUGACCAAUAUUAGCUACGACUAGACAAGUGAGUCAAGAUGACAGUAAGGAACAAAAUCAAUAGCAGAACAAAUUCAUACAAUGAUUAAUGUAGUAGAGUCGGUACGUAUAUUUGGAAAAAAGCUUUUCGUGUUUAUCAGGAUAGCAAUGCAGCCGCUAAUAAAACCGAUACAAGAAAAGCAAAACUUAUCACAUAGGUACAGUAGGCAAGGCGCGUACAUAUGUCGUCACAGCAACGGGUCAACAAUAGAAAUUGUAUUUGUUGAAUUAUUUCCAAACCCAUUCCCCUUUCAUGAGACGAUUGUUUGAGUUGCUAUCACCCUACACCCUUCCGGGAAGUGGAGAAGAAUCUACAAAUAUCAUACAAAUAUUCAAUAAAUUACAAUAGAAAAUAUUUCGGGAAGGGCACGUGUUAAACUUUAAAAACAAAGUAGUUAGUGAUACAUAAUCUUAUUAAAUCAAGUGUCGAAACAAAUUUACAUCUACACUGAAAUCGCAUUACACGUGACAACAUCGGGGACAGAUUAUUGAAACUUUAAAUACAUUGAGUUGAGCAAUCUUGUACAAUUUUUGCCUCUUGUUUAGUAGCAUUAUAGUAAUAAGUAAUCAACAAGUACAGACAAGACAGACGCCCAUAUAUACACAAUCACGAACACUCAAAAACGGAUCACUCCAAGCGCAACUAUGUAUAUCAACGUCAAAUAUCCAAAACCUUUUCCGAGCGGAAACACAAACAAACGUAAAUUAGUUAAAACCCUCUUCGUAGAUUGAGGCGGUUAUUUCCUCCUACAGAUGGCCAAUAAUGUAGUGUCAUGAUGUGUAUUGGAAAGUAAUGGUGUUGCAUCUUUCGAAAAACAAAUGGCCACAACCGGAGUAGACGGUAGUAGAUAACUAAAUCGAUGAAGAAUGCCAAUAAAUUGUAUUGUAGAUUAGAAUAACAUGCAAAAAUGAAUGAGAAAAGGAAGAACUCAAAGCUACUUUAGUAUCUCGUAGUAGGAAAAAAAACAAGCAUUAAAAUCGGAGAAGCCGUUUGAUUUCUUAUCGAAUUGUCGAACCAAAAAUUUAGCGUUACAUGAGAUACAUACAUUGUUAAAUACGUUUAUUGGAGUUUAUAUUUUGCAAAUAGGAAUAAAAAAUAACCGAUAAUAAGAAAUAACCACUGCUUGUCGCCGGCGUUAGCCAGAAGAUAGGGAAACACAGCUUCAAUUUGUCCAGAUUGAACGAACCGGUGUGUGUUGAAAUACUUCCUUUUGGACAACUUGAAGGCACUGCUGCCCUAUGUUUAGAUUUCAUUGAAAGUAUUGAACCAAUUGAUGUUCAAAGUUUAUUGUUGCUCCCGUUUCAUUGAAUACAAUAGAGAUAAAAAAAAAGGUACAGAGAAAAUAGAUGCAGUUCAGCAAAUUGGUCACUGAAAAUUGCUUUUUAAACUUUCCCAAAAAAUCAACAGAAUUAUUUAUCAACGUUAGUCUUCAUUUCAGUGACCGGCGUGAACGUAAAAGUCCUCAAGCUGUUCAAAUAAGUUAGAUCUUUGUUCACCCAUGCACAAUUCAGUGUUCAUAUUUACCCCAUAUUUGUCAAGAUACCAUAGACCGCGGCGGGCCUGUGAUAUAGCUCAGUUGGCAAGUCAGUUGCUUCCUGAGACGACGUCCUCAGGUUCGAGCCCAAGGGUAUACAUCGAUCACAGUUGUACCGGAUAAGUUUUUCUUUCAAUGACUGUCCGCCAACUGCAUCGGUGAUAUAAGUCACGGAUGACUUAAAGAUGAUAAAACGACUAUAAUCGAAACAAAAAAAAAGACCGCGGGAUAAUUAUGAACAUUGGGAGUGUUUAAAUUUUAUUUAAAGUAAGAAAAAAAAACAUAAAAUGUAAAAUCAUUUGUUCAAAACUUGUGUAUAAUUUAAGCCGUUAGUAUUUAAAACUGAGUAGUAUUGUUCAUGAUUACCCCACUUAACCUUACUCAGAAUGGAUGCAGAUAUCAGUUAACCCAUGGCUAUUCUACCAAUAGACUGGAAAUAUUAAUUUAUUUAUUUUUUUUUUCACUGAUUCACUAGAGUUCUAUAAAUUUUAUCAUUUGUGUCGGAAAAAAAAUUAUGAGGAUGGAGAAACAACGUUGAAGUUCCAAUUGUGACCAGUUUGCUGAAAACAAAAUCAAAACUUGACAUAAUUAUAUAAAAUGAUUUGCUGUUCGAUCGCGCUUUUGAGGUUAACAGAAAGUAGACAGCAUUUUUUAUUCGUAGCUUUGCGAAAGAGAUCCUCAUUGAUUAGCAAUGCGUCACCCCAUAAAACUACACAAUAUGUAUCACUUAAUUUCUUAGGAAGAACCGAUGCCAAAAGACAAGCCGAAACUAGCAAAGCACGAGACAUAGCCCAGAUCGAUCCAGCACAUAGUGCCAGAGAUAUCAAGUGUAGUUGAUUGCAUUAAAUAGAUACUAGGUUGCAAAUGAACACAAACAAUAAUAGCCGUUUCCAGUAAUGUUUGAUUUUAGCUACAAUUUCAUAGAGAAUACUUAAACAUAUGAGUCAGUAAACUCCUAGGCCAUUGAAAAAAAUUAACAAAAAGGGGUAUCGUCGUGCGGGGGGGUGACUAUGGGUUAAAAUGAAAAAAAAAAUUGUUCUUGGUAUAUCUCUAUGAAUUUUGAAGAUAUCCAUUUCACAACAUUCAGUUAACAUAUGUUAACACAUUACAAAGUUCUUUUUCUGUCAAAUACAUACAUACUUAAUAAGGAACAGUGAUAUUUCUAAGAAUCUGUUGAAUAUACCAUAGGUUUUUCCUAUUUUUGAAACACUGUUCAAAAUGUGUUAAACGGGGGGAUUAUGUGUCAAGCAUCGGUUGUACGGAUUUACCAUGUUCAACAAACGGAUUUUUGAAUUAUAAAGCAAUUAUAUGUCUAUUGGUGAACUCCCAUUCCAAGCACUGCCUUUUCGAGCAUUGUCAGUGCACGUUCAUUCAUUUAAAAUGCACAUUUAGUGUGUUAAAGCAUAGAUCACGCAAAAUCUGGACGCAUUAAAAAGGUUCUAUCUCGGAGCUAUGUAAACGAAAUUAAAAAUGUUUUGUACUCAAAAUGCAGGGUUUUUAUUGCACUUUAAAGGAAAAAUAGUAAAAAAAUUAUUUCGAUGUUUUUUUUAUGAAAUUUUGAACUUUUCGUCGAGUACCACUCAUCUUAGUUUGAACACCCUAUUCGCUGACCUCAGUGGCCAUUUUGUUCCACAAUCUCUUCAUCUCUGUUGCAUCCCGAGUCGGCCUACCAUUCUUCUUGAUCUUCUGCUUGACAAUUGCCCAACAUUUUUCGAUAGGGCGAAAUUGAGGGCAGUUGGGUGGGUUGAUGUCCUUUUCGACAAAAUCCACCCGUUGGCCCGAUACCACUGUAGUACCUCUUUGCUGUAGUGGCAGCUUGCCAAAUCUGGCGAAAACUUUACUGGUCCUUUGUGAGAUCUAAUUUACGAAAAAAAAACGUUUUUCAGGCACUCCUCCUUGUACAUUUCGGAGUCCAUGGUCUUGUUUUUCACAAAAACCGGGGUUUUUCUUCCGCAGCUGCAAAUACCUUGCCAGAUCAAACACUUUCUUGCCAACUUAUCGGCAAAAACUAAUUUCAACUUGGCGAGGACAUCACCCCGACCAGUGGCUUUGUAAAAUUUUUGACCAGGAAGCCGCCCAAAAUCAGAUUUCACGAUUUCAGAUUUCCAGACCACGUCGGGUUAUUGACGUGGGUGUCCAAAAUUAAUUUUCGUAUAUUACGUAUAUAUUACGUAUAUAUUACGAAACGAAUCGUGAUGAAAUUUUCAGCACUGAUAGAAGAAACAUUUCCGAACAAAGGACUGUCAAAACAUUCCAGAUCCGACAACUAGGAGCGCUAUGGUAUAAUAAACAGUGCGUCCAGAUUUUCGAUGAUCCAUGUUUUAGUUAUACGUAUAAACAUUAUGUCCCAAACUUCCGAAUGGUAUAGAGUGCAAAAAAAGAUUGCGUGAUAUUUUACUCACCUUCUUUUGGUGUCGUUCGGAGUAUCAAUGCACGAAGUGGUAAAGCAUUUUUUGAGAUACAGCCGUGGUUUCUAUACCCAAACCUUCUCAUGAUCACGGUUAUUUGGCAACCGUCGCUCAGAUAUUUUACAAAAAAAAAGUUUUCCACUUGAAUUUAAAGCUAAUUUUAUCGUUUUGAUAACAUUCUUUAUGAUAGUAUUCUACUGCAACAACGUGGACUAAGAGUCAAUUUUCAUUUGACCUUAACUUUUUCAAAAAUCAAUAUCUUUCAACCGAAUUCUGCACACUUAUACACUCUUUUUUAUGCAAUUUAACUAACGGAAGUAGUUGGGAAAAUAAUUCAAAAACAUCAUUUUUUGACCCAUUUUCACCUCGCGCAACGGUAUUGGUAAGGGUUUAUACUUAAUUAAUCAAAGUAAAAAAAGUUUCAAAAUUCUUGAAUGAUUUAUAUUUUCUGACAAAAUAGUUUUGUUUCAACUUUUUUGAAAUUAUGUAUUUUAUUUUGAAUUAUUUAUAGUUAAGUGUUUAUUAAAACGAAAUCAUUCGUUUCAAUCAUAUCAAAUUGAAUGUUGAAAAUUAAUUGAAAAAUCAAAUAUAAGUUUGAACCUCCAGUUAAUCAUAAAUUAUUAGUUCUUUUUUGAUAAUUUGUCCGUUGAACAAACUAAAAAAUUCCUCAACAAAUGAAUUAUUCACCAUUUUAUAUAAAUCUCCGUUAAUUCAUCAAAAACUGACAUUCUUGAUUAUGCUGUUAUACUUUCAUAUCUAGAUUCUACAUAGAAGAAAUUAAAACUAGGUUUAGCUUACCAUUAAUGAAUUGUAUAGUUAUUUUUCAAGUGAAGAACAUAAAUGUACCAAUUUCGACAUAUCACGCAUGUAUCGUUUCCAAUUCUAAAAGUUACAUGGAUUAUAUUGGUUAGAUUAGCUAAUAAACUUACAGAAUGCAAUAAAUUAAGUAUUAAAUUGGGAAUAACGAACAGUCGCUCGAACUUAAAACGCCAAAAAUCAAAUAGUUUUAUUUUCGUUAACUAUGUGUGUGCUGGCCGCAUACGGUUUCAUUGCUCUGAUAAACAUUCAAAAAUAUGUGGUAUUAUUGAUAAAAAAAAACGAAAAUGCAUUCCUAUACACAGACAAACAGCAACCACAAAAAUAUAUUUUAUAACAAGAAAGUGAAGCUUUACCAUUGAAGCUCGCCGUCAUUUGCGGGAAGAAAGCUAUUGCUUGCAAGCAGGACGCCAACUGCAGUUGCAGGUCAUGGCAAACUAAUGCAGUUUGAUGCAGAUUAUUAAACGACUGGAGACAAUAUCUUAUUUAUGAUCGACCAAUCGAUAGAAUUGUCGAUGUACUUGCAAAUGACGUGCUCAUAAAGGCUAUCAAUCUGUCAAAUCUAUCAAACAUUCUAAAGCUAUUAAAUUAGAAUUAAUAUUUCAAUAACGGACAGCUUUUUCAGAAAAAUGAUUCAGCAAUAUGGUUAAAAUAAUCAAAUAUGUUCCAAGUUAUCGGAAUAAGUUCUUGUCGCUGUUUUUUACUGUUGAACCCAUUGAUUGCUCACUGAUUGAUGUUUGUUACUUGAUACCAGAAAUAAACGUUAAUUUUUCCUUGCCAAAACGCAAUUCGAUUCCUUUUUCUCUACAUGACAAUCUGUUAUGCUGAACGAAAACCAAACAGUUGAACUUAUCGUACGCUUUAUCAAGUGAACACUCGUAUUGAAAUAACUCCACUUGCAUUAGAGAUGUUGUACUCUUACACAAGCGCUAUAUCUUUAAACAAGAGCAAAACACGUCCUUAAAAACCAAAUGCUUAUGUGUCUAGAAUAACCACCCAAACAAAAAAAAACAAACUCAAGCGGAAUAUCCUUAACGUAAAACAACAAACUUAUCAAUUAAUCCCAUCAAACCAACGACAAAACUAGAAACAUCUUGUAAAACAAAGCUUUACCUACAAAUCAUUGUCAACAAACCGUAAAACCAACCUACUUGGGAGAAGCAAUCAAAAAAGAACCUAUGUAAACAACUUCUAUUGGGUAAUCAAAACUAACAAAUAAAGAAAAAACAAAAAUGUGGUGAAACUCGGAUUCUGAAGCCAAUUAUUCGAAAUUAACUUCUGUUGCAUUAUCUAUUUUCCAUUCAUUACACUCACAAGUUUUUUUAAGUUAUAUUUUUUUGUGGUAAUUGUGACUGUAGUGUCGCGCAACUCGCUCUGCGUCCCUUCCAGAUUGAUCAACACAUACCAAUGGUAAAUUUCUUGACGACUCUACCGGAACACAUGUACCCGGCUUUUGUGUGUCCACAUUCUGCUUCUCCACGUUAAUCUUUUCUAGGUGUGCUGAGCUUCUUGACUAUCUCUUGCCGGUAACUGUAGACUCAAUGAAGGUAUCGGUUCCUUCCUUGUUCCGAUCAAUGAACUCUUCAUUUUCAAACUCAGUAUGUAGUUCGUUGUUCUUUCUAAUCUUCUCAACUAGCACAUGAUCGUCAACUUCAAUAGCACUGUCCUUGGCUCUUCGUUCUAGAUCGGCAUAUUCUUUUGGAGGGUAGUAUUCAUUCUGCGACCGAACUUCAGCUCAUUGUGCGAUUUUUUUUUAAUUUACAAGAAGUUUUAUUAAGGCAUUUAACUCAUAAAGUUUUUUUUUGUGCCAAGUAUUCACAAGAGGGGCGCCAUAAUCGUCGCGGCUACUCAACUGUUAAUUAAUUUAACUAGAGGGAAGGAAGAAGGAUUGUGUAGGGUCGCUCCCGAGAACAGAUUUCCGUCUAUGGUCGGUAGUGGCUUCCUGUAGCGUGGUUUCGUAAGCUACCGCAGGUAUUGUGGUCCUGGCCAGCCUUCUUUCCGGUGUUAUCGAACCGGUCGGACGAGAGGUUGCUCUAAUGAGUAGACGAAAAGAGCAUUAGAUUUAUAGUAAAGACAGAGAGGGACAGGGACAGGACUAAACGACCAAGUCAGACAUUUUAAGAUAUUUGUAUAUAGGGUACAAAUAUUCAAGAUCUAAGUUUGCCAAGAUGUCUCGAAUUGGAACAUCAGGUAGUUUACUUCGAGCCCUAAGGGUAUCCAGUAGCCAAGCCCUCGAUCGAUCCAGUAGUCAAGCCCUCGAUCGAUCAAACCGUUCACACGUCCACACAACAUAGUUGUGCGAUUUUGUCGCGAAUAGAAAUCAAUAUGUUAAUAAAUAUUGUCCCUCUGGCAGAGGCCCGAGAAAAUCUAGAGCAACUAUUUUCCACGGAUAUGGCGGUAACUGGCUUCGUUGCAUGGGCUCUGAGAGAUCUGGUGCCGACCUCUACAUCUGGACCUGGACCUCUGCAGCUUCAAACGUAUUUUUCAAAUGCCACGUCAAUUUUCGGCCACCAUACAUAGGAUCUCAUAACUUGUUUCAUCACAGAUUCCUGGAUGAUCUCCAUGUCCAGUAGUCAUUACCUUGACUCUUAGUAUAUGCGGUAUGAAAAUUCUGCCACCACGGUACUCCGUCAAUGUGACAUAGCUCUUGGACAAGUGGUUUGAUUCCAAUGAGAUUUUAUCAAUUGAAUUAUCUACCAAACAUUGUCUGACAUUCGAGAUUUCAGGGGCGAUUUGUGAAGCUUUACGGAUGUCCUUCCAGGACAGCGCCCUAGACUGAACAGCAGUAUUAGCAAUCAUGUGCACAAACAUUUCCUUAGUACUAUCAAAAGCUUUCGCAUCAAGGACUGAAAGAUGUGACAAGGCGUCCGCUGUGUUGUGUACCCCAGCAAUAUGUCGUACCUUGUAGUCGAAGGCUUUGCAGACGCAACACCCAACGUUCAAUGCGUGCAUAAGUUUUCGAACGCGAAUAGAAUAAAAAUUCUAACGCUUUGCUGUCUCAUAAUAUUUUGACCCUUUUGCCGAGUAAAUAGAACUGGAGGCGUUCAAUGCUCCAAACUAUCGUCAUUCUUUCGGUCUCUGUCAAUGACUUUGAGACGAAACUAAUGAUGAGAGUUAUUAAGUAAACACUAGCGACACCAUGUCCUCCAUAGAAAAGUUAGGCCAUAACAAAGAAAACGUUCAGUAAACACAUGUGAAACAUAACUAGUUCAAAUUUUUACAAUUAUAGAUUAAGCUGAUGAUUAAGCUUAUUACAAAUAUAGUAAUGAAACCAAUAUACCUCACUCUUCAAAAAACAAGGCGACACAUCACACGUAUAAGCUUCGACGAUCUGAACUACUUCUGGCGGAUUUCUGACUUGUAGGUGGUGCUGUUGUCGCUAGGGGUGGUGUUGAUGGUACUAUCAGUGACAUCAGUAGGAACUUUCGUCAGUAGGUGGUGCUGACAUGCGUGUCCUCGAUGAGAUGUAUGGAGAAGGCUGACAGUGAGGUAUAUUUGUUUUACUAUAUUUGCUUAUUACUAAGUUCAUUGCUCAGAAUUCUUUAAGGUCAUUAUUUUCAUCUGGAAAAUCUAUUUUGAAUUGUUUUAUUUUGAAUUGUAUUUUGAAUGUAUUGUCUUCUUUUAAUUUUCACAAGUUCGUGUAGGUCAACAUAUGGGAAUUCUACCAUGUCGCAUAAUCAGCCAUAUGUACUGAUAAAACUUUGAAUGUCGCGCAGUACUCAUACCUUUCUAAUGGUUGAUCAAACUUAUUGAACUCGAAAAUCUUAAAGCAGAUAUAACUGUAAGAACAGUUUGAAACUUCACCACUACUAUCAGAAACGACAGUAAACAAUCACUUAAAAGGACAAAUGUCAAGUUGAUCCAUAAAUACCCAGUAAAUGCACCCCCAAAAAAAUCAAUAAAAUAAGAACUGAUCAAUUCAUCCAAAAGUAUAGCGCAGCUCAUGCUAAGGUAAAUUACUUUUGAUGACCUAACAUGAUGGUUUUGGUCACUGUUAUGUCCAGAGCACACUCUCUCACCUUUGAAUCUUCAAAAUCAAAACUUUAUUCACAAUGAACAACAGCACAAAAAGGGAAAAUUGCAAUGUACAAAGGACGCAAAAAAAAAACAAAAAAAUUAACACUAAAACCCUGGAAAGCAAAAGCGAGCUAACAAAAAAUUAGCAUGAUCAACUUAAUGCCAUCUUUGAUUUGGCAUUUUUGGAAGAGUAGCACCCAUGCAAGCAAAUAAACCAGACGCUGGAUGCAGAACACUGAUCACACAAACACUUGCGAAGCGAUUGCUGCUCCUAUUCACGCACACUCACUGAGGAAAACACAAACAAACACAAAUACACUACAAACUAAAAGUUAAGCAUAAUGAAUCAAAAAACAUUGUGUAAGUGUAACGCUAAACGUAUUUUUGAUUAUUAUUUAUAUGAAAGUGGAAAUAUAAGUUAUUUACAAAUUGUGAAAUGAAA